ACAGUUAAAUACGUUGCUUGGGUUUCUCCGCUUACACGAAAAAGAAGGCUGAGAAAGGAAGAUGGCCACGAUAAUAAGCGUAGUCUUUAUUUUCACAGCUAACAUUUCUUCCUUUAAUUAUUAAGUGAUGUAAAUUCACGAUCAGUGAUAUAUAUUUUUACUUACGCAUCUAAAUAACAAAUCAGACUCCCUACAAAAAAACUUUGUGUUGCAAAAUGGCUCACGAAAGUGCAUUAACCCAGGCAUCAAAUAUAAAGGAUGAAGAAGAAAGUAUGACUGAGGCUGAUCUAGAAGAGGGUGAGAUUGAAGAUGGAGAAUUACCAGAAGAAGGUGAGGUGCAAACUCCUGAUGAAACUCCACCAGUGCCAAAGGCUGAACAGGUACCAGUGCAAGUUCCAGUUGUUCCACCUCCAGUAAAGAAGGAACGCCGUGUACCUAUGAUUCCCCGCCCUCCCCGCCGCCAUGCACCACAGCACCACCGAAGACAAAUGGGUCCUCGGAUUUACCAUGAACCACGGCUGAUGAAUGAUGACAGUGAAACAGAAGAGGAUGACUGGGCAAGCAAUGUUGAGAAAGCAUUGAAGGCAGCUUUAGCAGGUACUGAGGCAGCAACUGGACCUGCCAGCUCCGCUAGUCCAAAUGCUACAACUGUGUCUAAAAAUGAAACCACUACUGAUAAUGAAGAGAAGGAUGAAAAUAGAACAUCCUCAGAUGAUGAAAGGCGACUAAAGAAAAAGAAACGCAAGAAGAAACACAGAGAGGAGAAUGAAGAUGAAGAUGAUAAGAGAGAUUCUAAGAAACGGAGGAAAUCACAUCAUAAAGAUGUUUGGGAAGACAAGGACGAACAAGGAGAUGAAGAUGAGAUGUUAUUUGUCCGAGGAGCAUCUCCUAACACCCGAAGUAAUUUCCACCCUGAAGGAUCUCCUUCCAGAAAUUUUGGGGAGAACUCUUUCUUUGGUGAUCAAGGUGCAUUUGAUGAGGCAUAUGAUUCCUACCAUGAAGAGGGAUCUGACUAUGAAGCACGAGAUGAGUUCCCUGUUCGGAGGGGAGCACGAGGUAGUGAUGAAGACAGUUUGCGCCGAAACAUUGGCCGAGGAGCAAAACGAAGAAUGCGAGGUGGGAGUGGUUCGAUGGGACGUGGUGGGGGAGACAUUGGUAGCCAACGUGGAGGACAUCACAUGAACAAGAGAAUGCCACUAAGUCGGAAGGAUGUGACAAGUGGAAAGAACAUUGGCAAGAUGCGUGGAGGUAUGAGACGAAUAGGAGGACGUGACAAUCGCUCUGAUGUUUGUAUGUUCUUCAUGCAAGGGAAAUGUCACAAGGGUGAAGAUUGUCCAUAUUCUCAUGAUGCCAUGCCCGCCCGAAAAAAUGAACUGUGCAAAUUUUAUUUGAUGGAUUGUUGCGCAAAGAAAGACAAAUGCUUGUACCUACAUGAGUCUUUCCCAUGUAAAUUUUUUCAUACUGGGCUCAAAUGCUAUUCAGGUGCUCGAUGCAAAUUCAGCCAUGGCCCUUUGUCUGAACAAAUGAGAACUGUCCUAAUGAAGCAUCUGGAGACUGCACCAAAAGACUUGCUGGGUGAUUACCCACGUGUGGGUCGUGACAGUAAUUCUUCUGGAUCGUACCACAAAAGAAGAGAUAAUGAACGAGGCGAUCGUCCAGACAGAAAUGACAGGGAAAGGGAUAGGGAGAGGGAAAGAGAUAGAAGCGAGAGGGUGGAAAGAGGGGAGAGGUCUGAUAGGAAUGACAGGAGUUCUGUGCAUCGAUCUGGGAAUGGGAGUGCGAAGAGAGGUUCCAGAUCCAUCCCAUCACUUUUUGACAUAGAGGUUCCAAUCCAUGUGCAGCGGUUAGCUGAACAAAAGGAUGUUGACGGAGAAAAUUCCCCAGCACGUCGAUCUACACCCAUGCCAGAAUCUGAAAAUGAAGAUGGAACAGACUCACCUACUUCAUCUUCAAAACUGGAGUCAAGGCCUUCUAGAAGCAAGGAAAAUAGAUGGGUUUCUGAUAACUCAAUGCCAUCAGGGCAUAGCAAAGAAUUUAAUGCCGAGAAAACACCAGAGAGAAAGAAUGACUCUGAUGUGCAACAUGAUGUACAAAGGCCGACUUUCCGUUUCUAUCAAGAUACUUUAAGUUCUGAUGAAGGAGAACAUCGAAAGGGAGAUGAUAAGCAUAGGAAGAGAGAACACAAGAGUAAAAGAGAAAGUCAUCAUAAACGCCCAAAGCUUUCUCCUGACUCUGCAUCACUGGACGAGUCUGUAAAAAGUAAAAGUUUCAGCAUGACUACAACAGAUGAAAAAUCUUCAAAUUCUGAAGAAAUAAGUAUUGUUAAAUCAGAGCCGCAAGAUGAGAAACCACAGAAGAUUGACUCAGCACAUGAUGCACGAGAUUCUCAGGCAGAGACUGGUGAAAGUGGCACUGAAAGCAACGAUGGAGCCAAUAUUCCUCUCCACCUUCCCAAGAAACAGCGAGAACUGUUUUUGAGAAUACAGCAGCAACAGAGAGAAGCAGACAGCAGUCAGGAGCGUAGUGGGGACAAUGAGGAUGAUGAUGACAAUUGUGCAGAUGAAAACUGGUACUCGAGUGAUGAAGAGGAUGUACCUUUGACUGACUUACUGAAAAAGCUGUCCAAUCAGGAGCCGCAGCUGCCUAAACAACAAAUACUACAAGAUGAAGAAGAACGAAAAGAAAUGACCCCACCAAAGUCUGUAGAUCAGACUUCAGCACCAGUUGUCCCAACUGUGACAGGAUUAACAUUGAAAGACUUGUCACAGAUAAAUAUUUCAGAAUCAGUUACAAAACUUUUGUCAACAAUACGGAACCAAGGUGUUGUGCCAGUUGCAACCAGCAUAGCUGUACAGACAUCAACAGUUGCUAUGGUGACUCAGACACCUGAGAGAACAACCAUUUCGACACCAAUACAGUCACCUCAGCAACAGGGCAGUCCUGUGAUACGAGACCCUCGCGUUUCCCGGGAUCCUCGCAGUAGAGCAGCAGUGGCAGCAGUAGCAGCAGCUGCCGUACCUGUGUCUUCAACUAGUGGUAUUUCAGCCGUUACUGCAGCAGCAUCAGUGGGGCCUGGGCCUCCAGGUCUUUUGUCCCCAAGUACAAGUUCUUCUGCUCCAUCUGAGGCACCUGCUCCUCCCACCCGUCGACCUGACCCACGAACGGCUCGUGCAGAUCCUCGCAAGGCUGCAGCAGCGGCAGCUGCCGCAGCUGCUUCUGCAUCCACAUCAUCUGUUGGAGCUAGUCCAGGUGGAGAUGACAGCCACAGCAAAAGCAUUUUGUCUGGUCCACCACCUCGGCGGACGAGCUUUACGAGUAUCUACAGCAAUGCAAUAACUUCGCCAGGCGACGUGGAUCUCCGUAACCUACCUCGCAUGACUGCUGCAGCUACAACAGCAUCCUCAUCUACAACAGGAGAUGUGGACCUGAGGCAUGUCGGAGAUACUGAUUUUAGGCAUAUCACAGGAUUUGGUGGGUCCAGUGACACUGACCUGCGGCCACGAAUUUCAGCUGAUCCUUCAGCUGCUCUUAGCGGAGAUGUCGAUCUUCGCCGUGUCCUCGAGUUGCCUUUUAAACCAGUACCAAUGCAUACACCAGCUACUGAAAUUGAUGCUUCUCUCACUUCACAUCCUCCAAUUCCAUACAAGGUUGUAGAAAUCACCAUUCCAAGGCCUGAUUACACGAGGCUGAAGCUGAGUACAUCUGAUCCACAGGCAGAGAAUGAUCCACGAUUACGCAAAAUAUUCAAGUUACCUGAUCCCCCUGUGACUACCUCUUCAAAGACUUCCACAAGCUGUCCAACAACAACUACUACUACUACAGCUACAACAACCACCCCUAGGACAGAUCCUAGACGCUUGGCAACUCCAACUUCAGCUUCUUCAAAUGCAGCAAGUGUCAAAUCAACAGUCCCGCACACUGCAGUUACUGUCUCAAGUUCUACAGUUGUAUCUGCCCCUGAACCAAAUACUCUUGGUGUAUCACAGUCACCUUUUGGAAAUAUGGGUGAUCUAGGUGUGGGACCUGUUGGCAUGGUAAUGCCUGGUGUUGGAACAAUGGCCAAUGUGGAUCCUCGGCUACCAAGGACACCUGCAGUGAAUACGGGUCGUCAAGGCUUGCUAGGUGUAGCGCCCCCAGGUUUCCCUGUUGCACCCAAUCCAGCCUUAGCUGUAGGUAUGCGGAUGCCAUUUUUUCCUGUGGAAGAUGGUGAUGGAGGCCACUGGAAUCCAAUGCAACCACAUCAGCAGAGACCUAUAUGGAGAGGAAUGCGCAGAAAUGUCCCAGGUGCAUUUGGUGAGCAGGAUAUGGUUGGUGGACAGACUUUUACUCCAUCACUAUAGUGUUAAUUUAACAAUCCCCAUCACAAUAAUUGGCAGUUCAUUCAAUCAGUACUUUGAGUAUACUAGUGUUACUAGUAUGUUAUUUAUUGACUGUAUUUGAAGUGAGUGUUCUCAUGGCUACACUUCAACAGUGCAGGUGUUUUGUGUGACAUGCCCGAGUUGUGGUAUCAUGUAACCUUGAUAUCAAUACAUUCACAAUAAAUUGAAAAAAAAUAGGUGGUGCUCAUAACUACAUUUUUCAUCAGUCUUUACAUGUAAUAUAUGACUCCUCUUUAUAUUUUGUGCAUUGAUUAUGCUGGCUGAAGAAAGCCUUGAUCUCAUUUAGUGAACAAUUUUAUAAGUGGCAGCCUGGAUUUUUUUUAAGGACUUGAAUAGCUGAGACAGCAAUAUGGACAAGUGGAAAAAUGGAAAGUGGUGUAAUUAAUUUUGUACAGAUAUAAAUGUAUGUGAUACUUAAUUAAAAACUGAGGAGUGACUGAAACCAUACCAUCAACAACUACACUAAGUUUUGAAAGUCUGUCCAAAGUGCAAUAUUUAUGUAUAGUUUAUAUUAUGUAUCACAAGUAUUCCAUAGUACUUGGUGCAACUGCUGAAGGUAAUAUUUAUUUAGUUAAGCUGUGGCUAAGAUAUUUUACUUCUUAGCUGUUAAUAGUUGCAUUACUAUUGUUUUGUUUAUGGCAGAUGUUCCUACAUUAACUGAAAGGGACUUUUGCAUUGUGUUAUGUAAAUAUAAUGACACAAAUAAUGAAUUACACAAAUCAUUCUCUAGUUAGUGUACAGUGAAUUAACUUUUAUACUGCUUUGUUCUAUUUUCAUAUUCU